AUGACAAAUUUAUCUGUAUAUGAAUGUACGAAUUUAAAUCAGAUUGAAGCAUUAUUUCAGUCGUUGCAAGUGAAAUCAAAACAAACGGAUGAACAGCUCGAAUCCCUUCUGGACGAUCGACAGCCCAUUGAAAGCUACAAGUCUACAUUUAAAACUCUUGGGGAACGGUUGGUUUUGUUGGUGACUCAGAUCGAUGAAUUGAAACAUGAGUUUUGUGACAUCUCUAUCGUGGAUCAGCAGGUCAUUGACAAUAUCAAAGUUGUGGAUAGAGAACAGAAUCGUUUAAAGGAAUGUCUUUUGUAUGUUCGGCAAGUUCGUGAUUUUAAGGAAUGCCUCAUAGAACUGAACCGAGCUAUGCUACGCCAACAGUGGGAAAAAGCGGCAGAUUUCGUACAUCGAGCGAAUUGUACCUCUCCGUCUAUUAUUCAAGGAAAGUUUGCCCUUGCAGUUGUUCCAACGAGUGAGCAACCACUUUCUCCUACCGAAACUUUGAACGAAGUUGUUGAAUCACUGCAUGCGCUUUUUCAGAGAGAAUUCCAAAAAGCUGCUCGUAACAAGGAUCAAAAAGAAAUUACUAGGUAUUUCAAACUUUUUCCUUUAAUUGGAAAAGAAAAAGAGGGGUUAGAGGCAUACUGGCAUUUUUUCGGUGGAAUCAUCGCUUCAAAAGCUAGAGCUACGCUCGACGAACCUCCAUCUCAUUCUUUAUUCUUUUCACAAGCCUUUACUGGCUUGGUUGAACAUGUUGCUAGCAUAGUACGAGCCCAUACUCCCCUGGUUCUUCGGUACUAUAAGGCAAAGAAUACAAUCACAGUUAUCGAAAACUUACAGUAUGAUUGUGAUAGACAAGGAUCCAUCAUUAUAAGCACGAUGUAUGAUGUUCGUCGUAUCUCUUCCCUUCUGCAUUCUAUAGAGAGCUAUAAAUUCCUGCUUUUGAAUGCAAAAGUCAAGCACCGUAACCUACCUUUAGAUCAACGUGAAAUGGAACGAGUAAGUUUACAAGUCUUACAUCCUCUGUUGAAUGAGCUUACCUCGAUUUUGACUAAGUGGAAUAUGUACAAGGUUUUCAUGAGCCGUUUUAUAUAUCGCUUGUUAAAUCCCGAUCCUUCUUUUAAAUCUAACAAUGAACGUUCAUUUGAAUGCGCAAACGUUUUUUCGAGUUCAGUAGUUGAAGAAUUAAAUUCCGACCAGCUUAUACCCUCCCUCUUGCAUUUGGAAACUUAUUAUUUAAAGCAUAGCAUGGAAACAGCUUUUGAGCUAGAGGAACAUUAUACAAGGGUUCUUCCUUGGACGAGCUCCAUUGUUGAUGAUGUUAUGUACGUUACUAAGCAAAUCAUUCAGCGUGUUUUCUUUUCUGGCUCAUCUGCAUACCUCGAUAAAUUUGUCCACGAAACUUUGUGUCCAAUCUUUAAAAUAUCCUACUUCGCAUAUAUUUCUUCAGACCUGACUGGCUUAUGUGGAAGUAUUCGCAGUCAGUUUCAAAAGUUUAAAGACGCUGGCAAGGUCCAAAAGCCAUUCUACGAGCGUUUCGUUAUUUUAACGAAUAGUGCUUCUUUGAGUAAGCAGUAUCUAUGUACAGUUUUAGACGAAAUUCAAAAAAAGGAUAAUGAGGUUUACCCUUUUUAUAAAGAUAAAGAACAGGUGUCUGCUACAUUGGAUAAGUUUCGGAGUGACAGUAGCAUGUUUGAUAAACUAUGCUCCUACGCCUUUAAUACCUACUUCCCCAUUUUCCUUCUUCCGAAAAUUGAAAUAACCAUUGACGACGCGUUUAUGGAUUGUGAAUAUGUACUUUCUUACGAUGACUAUACCAAGGAACUUGCUCGCGAGCGGCCACUUGUGAGUAGGCUCCGAGUAAUUUGGAAUAGGAUAACUGCUUUCGAUGAAUUUACACAGGAAAAUCAAUUUACGCUAACUAGUAUGGCUUGCGAAAAAGCUGCUAGCUACUUGGAACACCUUGUCCUUUAUAAGAUUCAAUGGAAUGAAUAUGGUGCCAUGGCCCUUGAGAGUGAUCUUUCACAAUGCAUUCACGUGCUCUCUAAAGAGCAGGUUCAGUUACGUGACAAUUUUGAACGAUUGCAGGAACUAUUGUUAUUAUUGGUUUGGGAAAGUGAAUCGGCAUCACCAUCUCAAAUUGUAGAAGAUUUGAGUUUACGUCUGCUUUCUUUGGAUAUUGUUGCAGCCAUCCAAGAAAAGAAGAAGGCAUCGGAGACUAAGGGAGAGUAA